AUGCUUCUGCCAAGGACGCUUGUUGCCUUGCUGGCGAUUGGGGCACAGGCGGGGGUUGGGUACAUACUACCGGAGGAAUCAACAAGCAGUAAUGCGAUAGCAGACGCGAGGCUAAAGGAGAUGGCCAUGGCGAGCAUACGGGGCAGGGGCUACCUGCAGACAAGGCAGUCGACAGGAGUGGGCAGCAACACACCGCUCAGGCCGGAUGGAAGCAUCGAUAUGGCGCGCUGGGACGAGGCUGCGAACUCGGCCUGCAGACAAGCUCUCAGGAGCCUUCCAUUUUCGUCGAAUCCGUCGGGCGCCUGCGUGUGCUACAACCUGCCAGCUCUCAACAAUGUCACCGGAGCGUUCGAGGCCGAUUUGAGGUUGUUUCAGCGAAGCGAACCGACAGGCGAUUUCCAGGGCCUACCCCAAGAGGAUAUACGAGUUAGUCUCAGCUAUACCGGGGCCUCGGCCACCGAGAUUAGCCGGGAAGCAGCCGAACAGAUGGCCGUCGUUGCUCCUGCUGGUCGCGUUUCAGCGCGGCAAGAGACUGGAGACUUCCCGUUGCUGCAGUCGUACCUCUUCAUCGGGCAGGUUGAUAAAGACCGCAUGAGUGACGGGGUCACAAUGGCCGAACUGCAAGCGCUCGUCAUGCCGGUCGUCACGCUCAGCGCCACCAACCGGGCCGGUCAGACCGUUAGCACCAGGGUGUCAUCCAACGAAGCCGCAUUCGUCGCAGGUGUCUUUUCGCAGGAGGUUGUCAUGAGCAGUUACCGCAUGGCCGAGCUUGCCGUCGAAAGGGAGCAGGCCAGUCUCAAGAAUGGAACAACAGCGUUUGUGCUUCCCGGAGUGCAGAUCAUGAUCUUCCCCGUUGGCCUCAUCAUUACCAGCAUCUGGAUGAUGGCUGGAUUUGUCGCAUAUGGAAUGGGCACGUAUGCUCGCUACACCUUCAGAGAGCAACACAGGGCGCGGAUGGCAAGGGUGGAGAAAGGGGGCAUGCCCCGGAUCUGA